AAAUGGAGGCACAUCUGCUCUAAGAAUGCGUGGAAAUGUGUGAGGCGGGUGGUGGGGAUGGGGGAGAGUGGGGGGGCAGAGCUGAAGCUCCAUGCAUGCAGAGGUGAGCGUGUUGCAUCACGGAGCAGCACGGAUAGUAAAGAGAGGGCUUUUUCCACUCCAGCCAGACCGAUUCCAAGCGCUCGCAUGGGCGCACAGAGACACCGCAGCAACUAUGUGUGAUUUUAAAAGUGACACGUCUUAUUCUUUUCAGGUCUUUUUGCGGUCUGGGCUUGCUGUAAAAUUGACUAUCCAGGAAGCCCUUACCCCAAAAAGCAUCUGCAAAGGAUGCUUACAUCCUAAUUGCAGAAAAAUACUCUCCCUGGUCAACCCUCCGCCUCCUGAGCUUCGUGUAUUUAUUGUGAAGUCUUCUGACACGGCAGUAAUACAACAGUGUUGCUAAAAUAUGUGUUUCAAACUCAGUUCCACUCACAGGCUCCAACAUUAGGUACACUGCACAAUCUAAUAAGAGUCAAUGCAAGAGCUUUUAUCAGCAAGUAUACCUUUUAAAAAAGAUACAUGUUUGAAUAGCAAAAUAACAGAAAACAGCUCCCGGUAUGAUGCAGUCGUUCUACACCAUUCCAACCACUAUGGGGGAGAAUAGAUGGCACAGCUUUUGUAUUGGAUAUCAUCGGAUAUAUAGUGCAGGUGUACCUAAUUUUGUGGCUAGUGAGGGUACACAUACGUGUAUUGUGUGUCAUCUCUACCUAACGAGUUGCUUGUAUACCGUAUACUGUAUUUUACUGAGCAUAUGUCAUGUGAUCAUUCGCCACAAGAGGGCAGAAUAGUUCAACUGUGGGAAUGUUUGCUAUGAAUCCAAGCUCACAUGCUGAUGGCAGUCUUGUGUAUGGUCUUAAUUUGUCAGUAAAUCUAACAAUAGUAAUAGCUUGGGUGCGUAUAGUGCCUUUCAAGGGACCCAAGGGUGUCUAAUGUGUGGGUACAAAUGGGAGUCUACAAUACAAUGGGUGUAAUGUAACUAAAAAGCAACAUUGAAUUAAAGGAGGAAGUCAGUUAGGAGUUCUCGUCUCAAUAAACCAAUUUCUCAUCAUCGAUUCAUUACUCAUUCCUACAUUGUUAGCAUUUCCGGGGUAAAAAUGUGUUUUUAGUUACGGGACAAAAAACAAGUGUUAUUCAGGUCUAUUUACAGCUGCUGCACACAUGUGAUGCCAGAUUACUUCCAGGAAAAGCACAUUUCUCAGCAUAUUACUAUAAGUGUUUGUUAGAAUUGUUUCUCAAUUAUCUCAUGGCGGGAAACACAGUUUGCUGUUUAGUCAGAUAAGGGGCUUUUUUUUUUAAGUGUCACUAUUUUCGAUGUGAUAGUAAUUAGGUGCACCUGCACAUUCAACACGAGAGCUGUAUUAAAUGUAAUAAUAACACAUUCAAUGAAUUAGAAUAAAAUAGAAUAAUGGAAAAAAAUAGAAUAUUAGAUAGAAUAGAAUAUUUCAUAUUAAAUUAAACUAAAUAACAGUGGUGAAUUUUGAGGUUUGGAUUUGUUGAAUGUGUGUCACAAGAUCGCAUGUCACAAAAUCUCGCAAGAUUAAAACGUGACAAGAUUUCUCGUCCAGGCCUGGGACAAAAGGUAAAAAAUAAAUAAAUGAAUCACACAAUUAAUGAAAAUGAACUCGAUCAUUUUGCCCGCCUCAAUAUAUUGCCAUGUGCAUGCGUGUCUGUUUCCCUCAUCUCCCGCCUCCAAACAGGCAGGACUCAUUGGUUUCAGCACCUUGGCGCAUUUGUUCCAUAGAACAACCGCAUGAACGGAGUGAGCCCUUUUGUCAGUCAUAAAGUCUCUUUGUCUCGGUGCGUGGAGGCGGGGCCGCUAGCAAACACACAAAGUCCAGAAGUGUGUAAGUAAUUGAAAUGAUAUUAGUGGAUUGCAAUAUAUUGUCUUUUUUUUUUAAAUUGUACUUUUCUUAAAAGUAAAGUCAAAAUCUCCUCUCGUCCUCGUAGACCCAAUCUCGUGUACCAUCUCAUCUCGUGAACUGAGUGUCUCAUGACGCCCUUUGUUUGCAGUGGGGCACUGAAUGUAACUAUACUCUACAAAAAUGUAAACACAACCCUGUUGUUUUUGCUCCCAUUUUUCAUGAGCUGAAAUCAAAGAUGCAAAACUUUUUCUCUGUAAACAAAAGGCCCAUCUCUCUCAAAUAUUUUCACAAAUGAUGUCUAAAGCUGCAAGAUGCUGAUUAGACGGCAUGAUUAUUGAUUUAGGUUGGCCACAAUAAAAGGACAGUUUAACUAUACUGGGAGAUCUGGAGGGUGUCCAAAACCAGUCAGUAUCCGGUGUGACCACCAUUUUUGUGACCAUGCAAGAGCAAGAACUGGUAUGUUUUAAGCUUCCAGGAAUUGCGUAUAGAUAUGUACAUGUAACAUGGGGCAGUGCAUCAUCAUGCUGCAAGAUGAGGUGUUGGCCAUGGAUGAAUGGCACAACAAUGGGCUUCAGGAUCUCAUCAUGGUUUCUCUGUGCGUUCAAAUUAUUAUCUUUACUAAAUUAUUGAUGCAGCUCUUUUUAUAAGCAUGUGCAGGUACACCUAAUGUUAACUUCAUUCAUGUAAUACUGUAGUUACUCAAGAGCUUUAAAACGAUCUUGUUGGACGCUCAUUCACUGCUAUGCACGUCAUGAAAAGCUGACUCCGUUUUUUUCACUCUACGCUUUACGGCGUUAAGACGUCACUCAAGCGCCUGGGAGGGCUGCUAGUGGGGGCUGGGAGAUGGGGACAAGGAAAAUAACGGCAGCACAUGCAGAAUCAGAAUUCCCGUCAUUCCUGUGACUCACCCAAGGAGGUCCUGCUGAGCGGAAGUCCUGUUUUAUUUUUUUAAAGUACAACAUCUAGAGAAGUAAUGAGACGCUGUGAAAGGCCCCAUAUGAGCACGCCUCAAGACAGUCCUGCAGGGUCGCAGGUCAGUCAGUAACACCGCCCUGCAUGGCAAACACGAGGUUUAUUACACGAUGUAGCUUUAAAUGGAAAAUAUAUGCUCCAAGUUUGCUGAAUGGGCGCAUGCAUUUCUUCUCAAGACAUGACUCAUAUGCUACCGUAUGUCAUGUGACCUCAUGAAUAAUUAAUGAAGCCUUGCAGUGGAACUGUCAUACUCAGGAGGCUACUUCUUGCUGUGGAGGUGACAUUGAUCUUCCAGGACGGCUUCUGAAAGGGGACAUCUUUUAUCCUCUAUCUGUAAAUAUAAGACAUGCUGUAAGACACUUUAUUGAUAUUACUGUCACAACAAAAUGAUGUUGUUACUACCUGGCAGUAAAACAGUAAACAUAGAACAAAAGGUUGGAAAAUAGUCUCUGGUUGACUAAGUCUCUGUUGUAACCAAUGAUUGCUAUAGUGUUAAAAGGUCCCAUAUUAUACUAUUUUGCAGCAAUUUACACAAGUGUCAGAAUAGUUUACUGCAAGUGCUUACAUUUAAUGCUAAUGAGCUGCGUUUGUCCACACCUGUCUUUGACAGAGUGUAUGGCUCCAGAAAGCGCUACUGUACACUUUAUCCACUGUUUACAUACACAAUGUAAUUCUUCAAUUGCAAUUGGAGGACACAAGCAACACAAGCAAAUCUACGUGAGCUACAGUGCUAACAUUAGUCAUAUUUUAACAGGAACAUCAUGCUUAACUUAAAACGUAAUAAAUAACACUUCACGUGUGAAUGUGAAGCUGCAGAAGUGUUUCUUUCAGUUCAUGUUAAGUGAUGUAACCGGAAAUACAAAUAUGUGACAUCAGGCUUUAGAAAUAGACAGCAAAUCAAGUUCUGGACUUUAGACUGAAGAUGAACCCCUGCUGCGUUCAAGUACUGCAAACACAGCUGCACCAAGGUCAUCGGUAGCAAAUACUUUCCAAUAGAGCUCCUGGCUGAUGUUACAAUCCAGUGAGCCAACACACUAGCCCAAAUACGCAACAAGCACGUCACACAUGCAGGCGGAUGUCAGGGAAACACUGCUGUGCAGGCCUCAACAAGCCCUGCUAAGUGUUACUGGUCUUUAAACAGUUCUCAGCCCAUCGAAUGCUUCAUAAACCACUCUGGUUUUCACCGUAGGCUCCUUUGAUUGGGUACCCAUUUAUACAAGUCAUGAUGAAAAAUACAAAAAUGAAUAAUGAUAGCAUAAAAUAAAUUGUAUUAUAAAUGUUCUUCAUGUAUGAUGCCAAUUGUUUCUAACGUCUCCUGAUCAAAUACACGGCAGAAACCUAAGAUGAGGCUGCCACAAGCGUUUCUUCUGGGCUAAGUGUGCAAGUCCUGCCUACCUUCUAAGUGCACUCAGUGAGUACACUGAGUUGGAGCACAUGGCACCUGCAAGUUUCUGUUUGUCAGCAUGUCUCCAACAAUAUAAUAUUGCAGAAACAUUUAUUAUAUACUAUGAUUUUCUACAGCCCAUGUAAUGUCUUUAAUGUAAGUGUGACAUCAUUAGUGUUGCUAAUUGGACAGUAAAAUUCAGAAAAAUUUCAUACUGGCGGCACUUGCAAUACUCGCUUCAUUCUGAAGGAGUGGGGGUAUCUGUGAGCUGGAAGGUGCUCCACAGAGAGGGAAAGCCAGUGUUUUUUUGUUUUGUUUUGUUUUUUUACUUUAUUGAAAUACAAAAACAGCAGUGCCGGCUGGAGCUCCAUUUACAAACAAUUCAAAUGUAAGAUAUUUUCAUGCUCUGCUGAAUGAAUGAAUGAAUAUCACUGCCAAGAUGGAGGAUUAUUCAAGAUAUCCACUCGCAUCAGGUGAUCAGACUUUUACUGGAGAAGGAUAGGCUGCAUGUAUUUCAUAUACCGUUGUUGUCCCGCGCUACAUUGUGGUUGAAAUAGCGCUCCCUCACUUUAUUGCGUUUUUUUUUUUUUAUUAAUUAAUAAAUGACCGCUGUCUUUCAUGAUCGACUACAGACUAUUAGUCAAAACAUAUUAAAAUACAAUGAUAUGUAGUAUUCUGGUCACUCGGCGGCAGUAAUGACACAAAACAUUGAGACGUGACCUUACAUUACCAUUUAACAUUUCAUGAAGUCAUGAAGUCAGCCAUGGCAUGUCCGACAUGAUAGUUCCCCUCCCAUCCCAUGUGGAAGUGGUAGGUUUUUGGCUUUUUAAGUUUAGAAGAAAUAAAUUCAAGGCUAACUAGCGCGCUCGCUUGUUAGCUAACUGCCAUCUCGAGUCCCUGCAGCUUAAAAGUUGCCAUGUGGUGUAAACAAUGAAUAAUAGGAAUGUAGAGGUGACUACGGUGGUGUUAUUUCAUGUCUACAGGGCUCUCAUAAUGUUAAAACCCGUAUUUAGAAAGUCAAACAGGUUCAAUUUAUUAACAUUGAAUCCUACAUCACGGAAAAUUCAUUUAACGCGGUCGGGUCUAGAACCAAUUAACCACUAUACAGUAAAUGAAGGAUGACUGUACAAGAACGAGAUGAGAUGUUAACAUUAGUUUUAAGAAAAGUACAAAGAACAAAUAUAUGACAAUACUUUGCAAUCUACUAAUUUAAUUACGCUGUGUGUAUGCUACUGGCCCCACCUCCACCCACCGAGACAAAGAGACUGUAUGAUGACAGACAAAAGGCCUCACUCCAUUCAUGCCGUUGUUCUAUGGGACAACUGUGUCAGGUGCUGAAACCAAUGCACAGAGUGAACUCUCUUCCUGCCUGUUUGGAAGCAGGAGACAAGGAAAACAGACAGGCAUGCACAUGGCAACGUAUUGAGGCCGGCAAAACUAUCGAAUUCAUUUUCAUUAAUUAUGUGAUUAUAUAAUUAUUGUGUAAUUAUUUGUUGUCAUCCCAGGCCUAGUGCCCAUUAGACGUCUUUAAAUCUUGUCACAUUUUCAUGUCGCAAGUUCUUGUGACACCCCUAAGAUCAUGAAUACAUAGGACGUGAUGGAAAAAGUCCUUUGUCCCAAUAGAUGGUAAUCACAUGAGGUGUGGCGUGGGAACUUUAUCUCAGCCAUGGGAAGGAUGUACAUUUUGGGACACAUCAUCAGAAGUGUACCUUUGAAUCAGUGGGUGUUUUGGCCUUUCAACACUAGACACCUUCAUCAAAGGUGGCCAACUACAGGGUGAUCAAGCCUGAGCCUGUGUCCCAUGCCCAAUCAUGAGUAAAGUAGUGCCUGGAAAGUGGAGGGAUAUGAGCUAGGCAGUAAGGUCCCGACCUCGGCUUAAAAAACCUGCCCCGCCCACCAGGUCAUCGCUCAGCCUACCCCCUUCCUCCCACGGCACACCCCUGAGUAAGGUCACGAAGGAACAGGGUGGAUUGUCAGGUGGGUACCCUCCUUCAUUGGUGUUUCGAUGAUAGCCCCAUGACACCUCCAGAGAGCUCUUCGGCAACACCUGGCGUCUCAGGUUUGUGCCCCCCUCUGCUUUGAGCCCAGCGAGUGUCCUUGCGCUUGAUCAUAGCCACUGGCUGCUUCUUUCGGCCGCUUAUUGUCUGUCGCAGAGCCUGUCCAUGAAUGCCAAGGUCUUUCAUAAGCCUGAUGGUAGAAGCCACAAAACCUCUGCAUCCUACUUCAGCUGGAUAGACCUUGACCUUCCAUCCUUGUUGUUGUGCAUCUUCUGCCAGAUCUGUGUAGCGCAGUUUCUUUGGUUCCCCUAAUUAAUAGUAAAUCCUACUUCGUAGAAAUUCACUAAUCGUCGUUGGGUGUGGAACCAACUGGCUCCUCUUUAUGAUUUUCACAGUUAUGGCAUAAAAACCCUGUUUACGAGCUUCUAAAUACACUUUUUAACAUUAUUAGAGACAUCUAGACAUGAAAUAGCACCCAUAUAGUCCCUUUUACAUUUGUAUUACCCAAUAAAAAGUAAUGAAAAUAGGUAUUACUCUUCACAGAUAAGUGCUAGUGCCUUUUAAAACCUCACUAUACUAAGUUAAAAGCCUAUUAUAACAGCUUGGAAUUUGUUUAAAUAGAACAUAACAAUUGUUGCUAUAGAAACACCUCCUUUAAUGUCUGUGGACCAACCUGGACACAUACUAUUAUUUUAGCAUGAGCAUUAGAAUCAACUUUGCUGCUUGUGCAGAGCUGGCCUGGUACUAACAUUAAUUUCUAUCUCAUUCUGAGUCUAUUACACUUCAAGCCUAUAAGGGAAGCCAGAGUAGCUCUUUGGUGGAAAUAAUCCAAAAAUAGGACUGGCCCACACGGCAUGGCAAACAACACUAAGCUGAUAUUGUUUUAUGUUACUAUAAGGGCUUAUUUUGAUGGUACAUUGGCUUGUAAUAAGAAACAAUGGCAGAAAUGUUGCUGCAUUGUUGACUCCUGUCCAUUGGUGAGUAAAAUACACUUCACAUCGGUAAGGGGAGACAUAGGGGAAAAUAACAACUGUUCCUUACUGUUACUUUAAAGUCGGCCUCAGUGCAAAUGAGAACUAUAUACAGUCACCAUGACAAGACUUACCUUAAAAUGUUUCCUGUGAGCAAUGGUGUUGUAUUCCUGUAGGCAAAAUCCUUGUUGAAAAAAAAAAAUAUUCAGUGACCGGCAGCUGUUAUUCAUCCCAGAUGUCAGCAUUUAAAAAGUCAGUUUGUUGCUGGCACAGAAAAGUAAAAGGACCUUCUUUUGUGUGUGUGUGUGUGUGUGUGAGAGAGUGUGUUUGGAAACUCCAUCCAGUUCAUUCCUCCAUGUUUUUGCUUUCAUGAAUAAUCGACAAUUCCCGUUGAAAGACUAAAGUGGGACCUUGCCUGCCACCAGGUUACUGUAAUUCCCAGAAAUGUGUCCUUUACUGUGCCUUUUCUCGUCAAUUUCCAGAUACGAUCAUAUUUCUGCUCAAGCUAAGCGUGUUAUAAAGACAAUGUGUGACUUUUAUGAGACCCCUGUUUUCGCUCCCCCUCCGUGUCUGUGUGUGUGUGUGUGUGUGUGUGUGUGUGUGUGUGUGUGUGUGUGAGGUAUGCAGGCUUUACAGUAAAUUACUUUGAGUGAAAACUAAAAUAACAUAAUAGCCUUGUUUUGUUUUUAAUUUCCCAUAAGGAUGUAGACCUCCUCUAAGGCCUGUUCCCUGACGUGUCUGUAUCACAACAUUGACAUCCAUCCAAGAAUAGCGGCUUCUUGAGAGAGAGGGAAAAAAAGAAUGAAGUAGGGGGAAAAAAAUUAAAACCAAGAGCUGAGAUGUCAAAAAUGACCUAGGAGCUCCAUUAGAAACAUUUGAGAUCUUUGGCAAAAUACUGAAGCUGUUUUUAUUAGGAGGCUGCAAAUGUUACGCAAUGCUUUUACUGUAUGUGAUGGUGACAGCUUGAAAUUUGCAAAGCACAAGCAGGCUGCGUUCACUAAGGCAUAAGAGUUGGAUUGGACUGACCUGAUUCUGUGCCGAAAAACAUUCCGGGUAAUGUCCCUGGGCCAAACCUGAUUUUUUCGCCCCCAAACCUCAUCAUGUGCUUUUCUGGUGUGAUAAGAAUUAUCACAAAUAUGUAGUUUCAGUGUUUUACAUAGAUUCCUUCAAUUGCAUGUCUCUACAAUCUUUGCAUUUUAUCGGAUGCUAUUUGGUUUAACUAUGCCUUGCAGAAUAAAUAACUAUAAUUACAAAAAUAAUAAUGUGGUAUUUCCUCAAAUAAACACUGUGUCUCAUUUUCCACUUUAACAAAUAAAUGCAAAUAUGCAAAGUAAUUAAAUAAUUACUUUCACUAUUAAUGCAACAGAUUUCAUUUUUUACUUUAAUUAAAAAAAAAUAAUAAAUGCCUCUUUUUCCCGUACAUUAAAAAUAACAGGUAUAAUUACUUUUACUAUAAAUACAGUAUAAUAAAGAAUACAUGUUAUUAUACAGGGUGGGUGGGGGGUUGAUUCUUCAAAGGUACAGUGAAUAAUGGCCAAUAAUUUGAUUCAUGAACAAAAGUGGAUUCUAAAGUGUACCGACUGUCCUGCCCUUGGAUAUAAUAUUCAUUGUCACACACAUGAAGCAGCAGCUACUAUUAUACUUAUGCAUCACUAUUUGUGGAAAGGUUUGAAAACAUUAAGAACUGGGGUGACACUCGGCUCACAAGACGAGACAUGAUAUUGGGUUCACGAGAACAAGACGAGACGAUAUUUCACCACUACUUUUAAGAAAACUACAAUGAAAAAAAUGUAAGACUGAACAAAAACAAGAAUUUUUAUUUAACCGAGUCAUAAAAUCCAGGUACAUUUGAAAUGUUUUACAUCUUUGCAUGCAUGACCUAAGCAUGAUGCGUUUAAGUGUUUCCAAUUAAAAAUGAUAAAAGUUACAAUAGUGAUGGCAGUUGUAGCUGCUACUGCUAAUCAUUUAUGUUGAUGUAUAGUUACAUAAAGGUUGUAUUUAAAAUAGAUUGCAGUAGAUAGGUUUUAUGUUUGACUACCAUUCCCAUAAUGCUACAAUCACCUUUUUUUGGUUGUUUUUGUGUUUUUAAUUAUUUAUUAGAUUAUUUCCCAUCACACAUUGUGAUAGAAGUCAUAUGCAGCGAUUGAGUUUUGAUCUGACUGAAAGUAACUUUGAUCAAAUGUAGAUUUGCUGGGUCUCAACCACGUGACAUAGAGGCUUACUACCGGUGAGCAGAUGGGGGGCAAGCAUCAAGUGCUCCAAUUGUGUGAGUGUACAUGGUGUCAUACAUGAAGACACAAAAGAGUUGAAAACAAGACAAUCGAAAAGCAGUGAAAGCUUAUCUUUAGCGUCACACAUAAUGAAAAUAAUGCUUCUAACAUGCCUUUUUGAGUCCUUACAGCAACUCAGUGUGCAUUAAUACAUUCUUGUAUGUGUCCUUUAUCGUUUCGCUGCACUGUUUGGCAAAGUCUGAUCUCCAUAGCCAACGCACUACGCACUUUCCGGGCUGCUAUACCCAUGGACCCACUUGACUCAAGUGAUUGUGUUUAAAUUGUCGGUGACUAUUUGUACUUACUUUUACUUUUUUUUUUUUAAUUAACUCAUCCAGGACCUCAGUACAGACUACUGUUAUUUUUAUGCAAUUUCUUGUUAAAAAUAAAUUGCAAAUAUAAUAAAUGUAAACUUAAAAGAAAACAUAUGAAUGAAAUAAUACAAUAAUCCAAGAAUAUUGAUAUAAUAAUAGUAAAAUUGUUGGUAAUGAUAAUAUAAAUAAUAUUGGAUAUUAAUUAUUGACAUUGGCAAUAGUUAUUUUGGCAUGAAUGGCUGCUACAGUGGAGAUGAGCGACUCAACUGUGUGAAGUUCCUUGCCAAACAAAUAGGACUGACCUGGUUGCAUUGGGCAAUAUUUGGAAUGAGCCAUGGGCACUGCAGGUCAGCACAGGAUAUAUAACACGUAUGGCCUACUGAUUAUCUGUAACUGGGACUUUAUGUAAAAUGGUACAAGAAACUGUAAUAUUGGGUUUUUAAAAAGCCGUGAUUAAUUACGCAUUGGAAAGCCAUUACAUACGCUUCUUCAAGGAACAUUAAGAAACCAUUUAGAUGCAUUUUUCUCUGGUGACUCAAAUAUGGCAGGUUAAUUGUUAUGAAAAUUGUCUUGCAUAUUCAAGCCCCCACCCCGCCCCCUCUGCAUUACAACCGGGGAGGGUGUGCGAUGGGAAGAGGUAGGUGAGGGGAUGGACAAGGGGACUGGAGGGUCGGGGAAAGAGAUGAGUAAGAGAUGACUCAACAUCCCACCACUAUAAGAUAUGCUGAUGGGCGCCUGGCAUUGAACACACUCACAACCAAGCAAGGGUAAGCGCAACUUUCUUCUAAGCUUCUUUAAAGUACAUUUCAGUGUGUCGGUUGAUAUGGUUGUAAUAUAUGUUAAACAUUUUGUGGGAUGCUUGGAUGUUGGCUUGAUGUGUAAAAGAAUCCUAGUGGUGAAAAGCCUUGUUACCAUCUGUUACUUAGUUGAUAAGUUAGUCAUCAUUUUUAAACACUCUCUCUCCAAGUAAUGCAUGACUGGGAAAAAUAAGUCAUGUGCCUAAGGUGAUUGUUUUUUGUUUUAAUAUUUAGUACCUGAUUCCACUGCUAAUUAGAAAAAUAUCUGCAUUCAAAAUCAUUUUGAUUAUUGUCUGCAUUUUCUAUUGUACUUAUCAUUACGUAUUAUCAUUAUUAUGCAGUCGAGUUAAAGAAAUUAAGUCCUCCAGAACCUUAUGUAUUUCAGUUACAUCUUCAAAUAAGAUGAUAAAUUGAAAAUAAAUCAAAUAAUUGUAUUAUUUAUUUAUAGUCAUAUACAACUACUUUGCAGAAAUAGCAUCUUCUAGGACCUUGGUGUGGUCCAUUUUAUGUACCCGUAGUUGUGUUUUUUUUUUUUUUAAUAAAUUGCAUAUCAUUAAAUAACAUUUUAAAAUGUAAAUUUUAAAAAGGAAAUUUCACGCAUGAAUUACAUGCUGCAGCAUGAUCCAGGAAAUAACAUUUUAUUUUUUUGUAGACCUUUUGUUACCUUUUGUUAUUUUUGAACUGUGAAUCUUGACAUAAAAUUACUCAAUACAAAAUAAAAUAAUGAUAAUGCCAAUAACAUGAUUCAUACAACAAUUACUGAUAAUGAUAACAUUUAUACAUUGCAGUAUUGUACAUGUAUCUGUACAUGAACGUGUAUGCAAAAAAGGUUUAUCUUUGUACAACUGGCUGUUGAACCAAAUUAGGAUAGCACGACCUCAGCAGAAGUGAUCUUUGUACUUGUAAUCAUUUAUUUGCAGCUGUAGGAGUAUCUCAAAUAUUUGCAAGCACAGCGUUGAGUAAAUGGGCAUUAGGAAGGCGGACGUGACGUGACCUGACAGUUCUGAGUAAAAAGAAAAUAUGGGGCUGAAGGAGUGUAAACUAACCUGCAUCAUAUCUAAUCAUGUUGGGAUUUCUUGCCAGAUAAAAAAGUGAGUAAACAUGGACUACAUCACCUUGGCCGUCCUGGUGUCCUCCCACAUGCUCAGUGUGACCACAGCUGCUGCUCUGCCGGUGGAAGCCAUGAAGAUGAAAACCAAAGUGAAGCGUAUCGCUGAGCAGCUGGUGGUGAGGCUGAAUAUAAACAUCCAGGUUCCUGAUAGCAUGACAUUGACGCCGCCCACAGACCAACCGGACGGGCUCUCCUCGGUGGUGGCACUCUUGGACGGCUACAACGGCCUCAUCUCAGACUCCCUGAACAUAUCCCAGGUGAAGACGGACAUUUCCUCCUUAAAGGGUUACCUGGUGCAGUGGAAGCAGGGCCACUGCAACGACACCAAGUCCAAGCCCAAACCUCUCGUAUCGGUCCCACUGCAGCGGCUGCAGAGUCAGCGAGCCUUUAACCUCACCGUGAGCAUUGAAGCUCUCAUGAGAGUGAAGGAGCUCCUCGGCCAGCUACUGCAGAACAUGGACCAGCUGGAGAAAUGCUGAAAGACUGACAUAAUCAUCUUUAGCACGCACUUAUUUAAAUACUGGGAUCUAUUUAUAUGCUGCAUUUAGCUGUUUUAAGUUGUAUUGCCAAGAGAGCUGCAGUAAAUUCUAAAUGCUUAUCUAUGAUAGGAAAAAACACAUGAACUGCAUGAAGUCAGUCGUGGUUCUGCAGUGACAUCAUGAGUGUUUGAAGCAGGUAGAGGAAAGGUUAACUUCCGCCUAGGUGCAAUAUCACCAGCUCUUCCAGUAUUGCUAUUUAUAACCUUAAAAUAUGCAUUUUGUAUAUUUUUUACUGUACUUUUUUAUAAACACUGUAUAACUAUUUAAGGAAAAACAUGUUUCAUAAAGUGAGUUUUUCAAAUGUUAAGGGGGUUUUCAAAACGGCUCUAUGUAAAUGUCAAUGAAAUCAUGCAGACCCAAUUGUUUUUGAUAUAUUUAAUAAAAAGCCC